AUGGCCGAAAACGGUACCUACCCAUCCACAGACCCGGUCGUGUACGAAGAGUACGCCGGCAAAUGGGCAGACCAGCCGCAGGAUGCAGACAGUUGGGUCAAGCGUGCGCAAGACAUAGCCUCUGUAUUGGAGAAAGACGCCAGCGCGCGUGAACGGGAGAAUAAGUCUCCACGAGCAGAAGUAUCUCUAUUGAAGCACUCAGGCCUGACCAAGAUCCUCGGCCCAAAGAAGUAUGGAGGUGGCGAGCAGCCCUGGAGUGUCGGAUAUAAAGCAAUCCGGGAGGUCGCAAAAGCUGACGGUUCCAUUGGAAUGCUCCUCGGAUACCAUCUCCUCUGGAGCACGACUGCCAAUGUCGUCGGAAGCUUGGAACAAGCGGAUCGCUUGCAGAAGCUCAUCCUCUCCAACAACUACUUCAUCGGAGGGGCAGUGAAUCCCAGGGACAAUGACCUGAGAAUCACAGACAGCGGCGACAAGAUCACUUUCGGCCGCAAGCACUUCAACACCGGCGGUGUUGUCUCGGACUUGACUGUCCUCGAGGGCGUGCUAGGGACCGAGGACCACAUCUUCGCGAUUGUACCAACUGUACAGGCGGGAAUCAAGUUCGCUCACAACUGGGACAAUGUCGGUCUUCGCUUGACCGAAAGCGGUGGUGUCUCGAUUGAGGAUGUGGCUGCCCCAUGGGAGGAUGCCCUCGGCUGGGACGUGAAGACUAAGCGCCCCGACCCAGCAGUCCUGGGAAUUCCUUUCGCCAUGCGCCGGCUGAUUUUGUAUGGCAGCAUCCAACUCGUGUUCAGCAACUUCUACUUGGGCAUCGCGCUGGGUGCACUUCAGUACGCUUCAAAGUACACUGUCUCAAGCAGUCGAGCCUGGCCAUUUGGUGGGGAUGGAAACUUCCUGGCCCAUCUCCGUGCCGCAGAGGCUCUCGCAGAUAAAGCUGGUCAAGCUGCAGACGCUGUGUACACCAAGUACCCCUCAAACAAGGCCGAUGUCACAGCUCGUGAACGCGGCGAGCUCGCCGAGUGGGUCGCCAGCAUCAAGGUGGUCGCGACAGACACGGGGCUCAAGGUCACGUCAGGCCUCUUCGAGGCGACCGGAGCCAAGGCUACAGCCACGAAGGUUGGCCUGGACCGGUUCUGGCGUGACAUCCGAACGCACACCCUUCACGACCCGGUGUCGUACAAGAAUAGAGAACUGGGACGCUACCAGCUCCUUGAUGAGGUACCUGAGCCCACGUGGUACGCAUGA